ACCAUGGAUAAGUCAAAAAUUCAUGUUAUUUUUGAAUACGAGUUCUGUCGUGGAACCAAUGCAGUGUAGACAGCUAGAAAUAUCAACUAAGUGUUUGGGAAGUAUGUGGGUAAGGAAUGCGCAGUACGUGGAUGGUUUGAGUUCAGUUUUGGUGAUUUUAAUCUUGAAAAUGAGCCACGGGGGGUGACCUGAGACCAAGGUGGAUAAUGACGAGCUGAAAUCUGUAGUGGGAGUGAAUCCAUCUCAACCUGCGUGUGACUUAGCAGCAAGGAAAUGAAGCAGCUCUUCCCUUUUUAAAAAAAUCUUGGCGGUUAAGGGAGUAAAAAAGCCACAGUGAGAUUAAAGCAAUACAAAUAUUUAUUUUCCCCACUCCCUUGAACAAUCUGUAGUUCACUGCUUCUCAGCCUGGACAUUAAUUUGCCAUGAGGUCCUGGAGCGUCACCGCCUCUUUCUGGGGCGGUUUCGUUGUUCUUUUUUUUUUUUUUAAUUUAUGAAGCGCGGAGUUAAGACGUCACUGCUCCGUCACGCCCUGCCCAGCUCCUGCAUCCUCAGGUGCAAACUUGCAGCCGAAAAGGGUCGGCUCGCCUUGUCCGGCAGGGCUCGCACGUUAAGCCUUCCGGGCGGUCCCGGGCGAGAAAUAUAUAUAAAUUUAAAUUCACGAAAGAGGCAUAGUCCGUCAACGACAUGAACAAACGUAGGGAAAGAGGUAGACGUUAACAAGGCCAAGGCCGCUCUCAGCAGUGACCGAACCCCAUUUACCUUCCAGCUUCGCAAGGUCGGAACCAGCAACCUUGCCCUCCCAGGCCGGAAGUCAGCCUAGCUGCUUGAUACCCCUAGGAAUGGCAGCCCCAACCAUGAAGGAAAGGCAGGCUUGCUGGGGUGCCCGGGACGAGUACUGGAAGUGUUUAGAUGAGAACACAGACGAUGCUUCUCAAUGCAAGAAGUUAAGAAGCUCAUUUGAAUCAAGUUGUCCCCAACAGUGGGUAAAAUAUUUUGAUAAAAGAAGAGACUUCUUAAAAUUUAAAGAAGAAUUCGAAGCAGGAAAAUCCCAGCCUUUAAAAAGAACGGCAAAAUCCUAAGCUGUUCCUGAACUUUUCAAAAUGGUUGAAACUAUUCUUUCUGGACAUUCAAAAAGCUCCACUAACUGUGGGACUAUAGUUUGAAUCAUGGUAAACAUCAGUACUUGUUCCCUGUAUACAAUACUUAAUAACUGAAAUGAUCAAGGAAUAGAAGAUCCAUGAAGACUUGAAAUAAAAUGGUAUUAUAUAUGCUUACUUAUAAUUUAGUAAGAAAUCUACAUUUUAAGAAAAAAAUUAAAACUUAUUAUAAAAAUACAUGUGCUUUUUUUUGAAUUAGAGGAUGGGUAGUAGGAAAAUAUUAUUUAUCAUAGAUACAAAUAGAAACUGAAUUAAGUAGAUUGUCAUUGUAUGUCCCUGCGAGUUGGCAUCUUAAUACAGGCACUAUAAAAUGAGGUUGAAAGUAGAUUGAAUUUAAAAUAUACAGGUGAAAUAAUAAAAGCCAUCUAUAAAAAAAUCCUACAGCUAAUAUCAUACUUAAUGAUGAGACAGUGACCAGAUUACUAGCUAAUUCAGUAGGACAGAAAAAAAAAAAACAAUAAAAAGCAUACAUAUUGGGAAGAAAUAAAAUUGGCUCUAUUCACAGAUAGUGUAAUUAUCUUGUAGAAUAUAUCAUAAGAUGGACAAAAAAACUGGAACUAUAAUGAUAAGUCAAAGAAGGGUUGCGAGAGAUAAGGUCAAUAUAGGCAAAAUUAUAUUUUUAUGUAUCAGCAAUGAACAAUUAGAAUUUAAGAUGAAAAAUAUACCAUUUAUAAUAGUACCAACAAAAUAAAAAGAGGAAUAUUUAGGUAUAACUCUUACAACAUAUGGAGGCCUGGAUGCUGAGAACUACAUAACACUUGAAAGUAGAGGCGAUGUAAUUAAAUGGAGAGCUAUACAGUUGGCCGCCUGUGUCUGCAGGUUGAACGUCCACCAGGUUCAACCAAGUGUGGAUUGAAAAUAGGAAAAGAAAAUGCAAUUAAAAAUGAUUUUAAAAAUACAGUAGAACAACUAUUUAGAUAGUGUUUACAUUGUGUAGUGUAAGUAAUCUAGAGAUUGAAAGUACAGGCAGAUGGCUCAAUGGAAUCACAGUAUCCCAUUGUAUGGGGACAUCAUCAUAGAUUUAGCCAGUAAGAAGAAGCUGGCUAAGUUUGAACAAGGGGGUUAUUUUUGAAUUAUUGCCAUUAUAGAAUAAGCUUCAAUCCCUGUCAAAAGAAAAAAAGAAAGAAAAGGACAGGCAUAACUUGGAGAUAUUGCAGGUUCAGUA